AGCGCCCACGUGACCCUCUGCAGCCAGGCCUGUCGCACGCAUGCGCCGUUGCCCGACCUUGAGGCGCGCGCCCGCGGCCUGGGGAUGACGUGAGCGAGCGGGCGGGCGGGCGGCGCCAUGUUGUGCGCGCCUCACUCGGUGCCGGGCCUGCCGACUGGCUGAGUGAGGGGGGAGGGGGGGAAACUUUAUCCCGCGGUACUCUUGGUCCCAGUCAUCGGCGUGUGGGAGUGGGGGGGCGACGCUUUCUGUUGCACCUCUAAGAUGGAGCCCGAAAGCCUUCUGGAAGCUCUGGCAGAUUUCGAGAAGAAGUCCAAGAAGGAAGUGUCGUCGCUGCUGGACCAGUUCCUUUGUCAUGUCGCAAAGACGGGAGAAACUCUGAUUCCCUGGUCACAGUUUAAAUGCUACUUUGUAUUUAAAUUGGAAAAAGUCAUGGAUGACUUCAGAGCUUCUGCUCCUGAACUGAGAACUCCACCUAAUCCGAAUGUGGAAUAUGUUCCUUAUGAAGAAAUGAAGGACCGAAUACUUAAAAUUGUUAAUGGUUUCACGGGUAUUCCCUUCACAAUUCAGCGUCUAUGUGAGCUGCUUAUUGAUCCUAAGAAGAAUUACACUGGGACAGAUAAAUUUCUCAGAGGAAUUGAAAAGAACGUUAUGGUUGUCAGCUGUGUGUAUCCCUCAACAGAGAAAUACAACUUUAGCUCAAAUAGUUUGAAUCGUGUGAAUGGCAUCAUGCUGUCAGGAAGCCACACUGGUUACACAGACAGAUCUAAUAUCAAUGGUCCCGGUACACCAAGACCUCUGAGUCGAUCAAAGGUUUCAUUAUCAAGUCCUUUAACAACAAACGGUUUGCCGAACAGCUCUGACAGAGAAAUAAAUGUACAACAAACAGAGGACAAGUCUCAUAGUGAUUCACCCACAUCCCAUGAAGAGGACGUUCCAAGUACCUGUUCAAAAACUAAACAUUUGGAAGACACAAUGGAAGCCGAGGCUCCUGAGGUAAAACGACUGAAAUUUGACGAGGAAAAUGAGGAAAAUGAACCUGUACAUUCUGAGACUUCCUCAGAAAUGCCUGAAGAAAGUGAGAAUACUGAGAAGCAGGAAGAAGCCAAAGAUGAUCCAGCUAACGUAGAUAAAAAAGAAUCAAGUGCAAAAAUGAAAGCCUUGUUUGAAUCUGAUGAAGAGAAAGUUGAAGUUUCAUUUAAAAACAUCAAGACUUCAGAUGAAAAUCAAAUGGACCAAUCGGACCUAACCAAGACUUUAACUUCUGAAGAAAGUGAAAUCAGUGAUAAUACUGAUACUAUUAGAAACAGUGUGGACUGCAGUGCUGCAGAAAAACCAGAUACACCCCCCGAAACUCCAGAAAUGCCUUCUGAGAGCCCAAUGGAGAACAGUGCGGAUGUCACAGAAGAACCAAUGGAGCAGGACUAAGAGUAGAGAUAAUCUGUGCUGUAUUUUCCAUGAGGUGUUGCUUUUACACUGUAUAAAUUUUAUGUAAUAAAGUGGACCUUUGUUUUCCAGAAGAGGAGGAAUAGUCCUUCUCUGAUCCCUGGAAGAGCUGUAUUAGAUGAGAACUGUGAAACCAGCUCCUUUAGAUCUCAUCUACUGCUCCCAUCAUUUUUGUUUUGUUUGGUCAAAUCAGUGGGUUAUGCAUAGAUUUUUAUUUAGAGAAAGUUUUUAAACUGGAUAAAUUGUCACGAUGUUUUGCAGUUCAUUGAGCUAGGCCAUUUACUGUAAUUAUUCUUUGUCUCGUUUUUAAACUUCAAGAUUUAAUUUCUUGGUCAUUGUUUCAACUUUUAAUACAUUUACUUAAAACACUGCAGAAACCACAAGUUGUAACACAUUCCAGAGAAAAAACUCAAUUAUACAUCACUUCUAUUUACUUCUGAUCCUGCAUUGAUGGAAUUUAUUACUCAAAAGGGAGUAAGUGGUUUACAUAAAAGUGAAACAUCAAAUCUUCGAGAUCAGUUUUGGUUGCAGAAUAAAUGCUUUUUUUAAUUCACUGUUCAAGCAGAAAAAGGUGGGAAGUAGUUGCUCAAUUUAUGCUCAGUGGUUAAAACGUGGCGAACAUUUGACUAAGUCCCUUUCAGUUAAAAUACUUGUAGCAUGCGGACAGCAAUGUUACACUUAUACCACUGACUGUGUUGAAGAGCUGCGGCAAUUAACCUGUUAAUUUAGUAUUGUGCCAGAUCUUGUGUACUGGUAAUACAAUUUUAGGGGGUGCAUUGAACCACCGUGAUUUGUACAAAAUUUUGAAGUGAAAGAUAUUUUUGAACAUGCUACUACAUAUUGACAGCCAGUAGUUGUACAUCUUUGGAGAUGAGAACUCAAAGCACAAAUGAUAACCUGUACUUGUGUUGUUUUCUGAUUUCCAGCUUGUAUAUUCAAAAUUCUUCAACUAACUUCCACAAUUACUGGCUGUCAAGUUUGUACUUGUUUCUGGCAACUGUACUUUUUGAUAUUUAGAAUUUUUAAAUUUCUGUAAGUAGAUUUUGUAGAUUGUAAUUGUUCACUGCCUUUGUGACACGUUAUAUAAUUGUAUAAUUUGUGUGUAAACUGAAUGCUAUGGCUUUCAAUACAGUAUUCAUAUAAAGCAAUAAAUGUUAUAUCUGGACACAGUCUGGAGAUACACUCCAGUUCCCGUUGAUAAAAUUUGCACAGGUUUACCAGAGGCCAUAAUGACUGCACGUAACUGGCAAUCUGCAAGAUUGGCAGUCUUGUCUUUCCUGUGAAUGUAGUAUUUUGCACUUGUUAAAGUGAAUAUUCUAAAGAUAUAGUUUUGUGGGAUCUUAAAUUAACUUUCUUAUGAGAUAAUUAAUAAUCUUCAUCCCAAGCGGUAUGUAAAGUUUUACAGGAUGCAUCUGCGCUGUAACAUUGUUUCUCUUCAGUGCUGUGGUUGCAAAUAUGCAUCUUAAGUUGCUAAUUAAACAAUAGUUUCACAAGUUUUUUACCAAUCUGAUCAGCAAAAAUGUUUUUGAUUUUUAAUCUUGUUUUCAGUAUCGCCUAGGAGAAUUCUGACAGUACAGAGUAGUUCUGCUACAAAAGCCAGGGUUGAUUAGCUGCGCAUCUGUACAUGGGGUGAAGUAGCAGCGUUUUUCUAUUUUUUUAAAAAAAUACACCAGCCUAGCUUUUUAUCUUUGUAAUGUUUCAGAUAACCAACUUUACAAUCAGAUUAGAUUCUUAAAUAAACCUGGAAUGAUGAGUUGGUUACAUUUCCAAGCUUAAAACACAGAACGAGGGGUGGUAAAGAUAGAAAUGAAAGUUGAAUGUAGCCAUUUCCUCUACUCUAACCCACCUAAUUGUCACUCCAUAAUGAUAUUGUAGAAACAUGUUCAGCUUCCAGAAACAGUAAUAUUGGCAAGUGAUACUUGAAAAGAUUCUAGAACAAGCUACUUAAAUUAUAUAUGCUAAGGCAGUUAUAAUGAAAUAUUGUAACAUGGUAAUGUAGCUGACCAUGCUUGUGCUGUACACAGAAAUCUAUUUUAUCCAGUUGAUCUUUUUAAAACUGCUAGUUUUUGCUUCCACGACUUCAUCUGAUCCAGUUCAAAGAACAGUAAUUUGCUUUUCAUUUAUUCUAUACUUUUUCCUCAAACUUGACUUGCACUGUUGCUGAACAGGCACGACUCUGGUUUGCUAACUUAGUUUUAAUCCUUCAUUUGUAUUUUUAUAUGCACGCAAUGUGUGGGCACUAACAUUGUUUAUUGCCAUUAAAAAAUGGUGGUGAACUGUUGCCCUGAAAUGCAUCAGUCAUUCAUAUCACAGUGCUCUGCGGGAGGGGGUUCCAUGCUUUCAACCAGCAGAGGUGAGAGAGGAGCAAAAUUGGGUCCAAGCCUUAAUGAUGUAUGACAUGAAGGGCAAAUUGAAGGUGGAGUCCCCACUGCUACUGCCCUUGCCCUUCAAGAUGGAAAUUUGACAAAGUGCUAUCAUGUAAGCCUGUCAAAGUUGCUGUAAUGCAUCUUAUGACUGGAAUAUCAUGAUGCACUAAUGGUUCACUGCAAAUGAUGGGUACUAGCAUUUCAAGAAUAAAUAAUUCAUGUCUUGCCUCAAAUUCAGUCAAAUUUGUUAAUCGGAGUGUUGUAGAUUGUUGUACUAUUUUCACUUGAACAUGAAUCAGAAAAUAACCAACUUUAAACAUGAAGAAUUAGACAA